AUGGCGGCCUUGGGGCGGUUCCUCUUCCGAUCUGCCGACAAGAGUCUCCAUUUCUUUCGAGCCCUAAAGCAGUCGACGUUCGAAUGGGACAGAUCUGCAGAGGAAGCUUUUCAACAGCUCAAGUCCCACCUAGCCACACUUCCUAAGUUAGUCUCACCUUUACCAGGGGAGACACUCUUCGUCUACUUGGCUGUAUCAGAGCAUGCCCUUAGCGUAGUCCUUGUGGCCGAGCGCGAGAAAAACCAGCAUCCACUGUACUUCAUAAGUCAUGCCUUCCGAGGCGCGGAACCCAAGUAUCCUCCCAUCGAGAAAAUGAUAUUUGCCUUGGUUCUCGCCACUCGAAAGCUCAAAUCCUAUUUUCAAGCUCACCCUAUUAAGGUCCUCACAAGUCAGCUGAUCCGAAAAGUAAUAGAAGGAAAGAACCAGUCCAGCAGAGUGACUGAUUGGGCUAAUCAAACUUCGGAUAUCUGCAUCGAGUUUGAGCCUCGACGUGCCAUCAAAGCACAAGCUCUGGCUGACAUUAUAGCAGAAUGCACCUCCCGCCCCGAGUCUACCGAGGAAGGUUGCGGCGCAGGACUCUUGAUCCUUGACCCGCAGAAGAAUAGAACAGAAUACGCCAUCAAGUUCGACUUCACCACCUCGAAUAAUGAGGCCGAAUAUGAAGCAUUACUCCUCGGUAUCCAACUAUGCAAAACAACCGGCGCUCGAAAGCUUAGAGCUUACUCCGAUUCCCAGCUCAUCGUGGGGCAGGUAACAGGGGAGUUCGAGGCCAAGGAAGACAGCAUGAAGAUGUACCUGAGGAAGGUGAAGGAGGAAAUUUCUGGCCUAUCACUCUUCACCAUAACUCACAUCCCUCGAUCUGAGAAUCAACAAGAAGAUGCACUGUCGAGGUUAGCAAGUUCAGCAGAGGAUCUCUCUCCUCGACCCAUCAUGUGGAAAGUUUUAGAGGCGCAUAACAUCAACAGGGAGGUAACCACUCUCGACAGAAGUCCUACUUGGAUGGACAAAAUCAUAUCUUUCUCUCAAGAUGGCAUCCUUCCCGAAGAUGAGCUCGAAGUAGAAAAAAUUCGAAGGUGGGCUCGAUGGUUCACAUACCACGAGGGACAGUUAUACAAGAAGUCGUUUACUCACCCACUCCUUCGUUGUCUCACCCCCCAAGAAGGGGCCUAUGUCCUCCGUGAAAUACAUCAAGGGGCAUGUGUAAGUCACCAAGGUGCUCGAACUAUCACAGCUAAAGCUCUUCAAGCAGGGUACUACUCGCCCACCAUGAGGGAAGAUGCCUUGAAAAUGGUCCAAAAGUGCAAAGACUGCCAGAUGCAUGCCAAUCUUCCUCACCAAGCUGCAAGUUCCUUGACUACCAUCCAGGCCCCUCUGCCGUUCGAUAUGUGGGGAAUGGACCUUCUGGGGCCUUUCCCUCCAGCCUCAAGGCAGCGAAGGUUUCUAUUGGUGGCGGUCGACUACUUCACAAAAUGGGUCGAGGCAGCACAUUUGGCCUCAAUCACUGACAAGCAAGUUCAGCAGUUCAUCUGGCAGCACUUAAUCACCCGAUUCGAGGUCCCUCGAGUCCUUAUACCCAACAAUGGUCAGCAACUCAAUAGUGGCCCCACUCGCGACUACUAUUCCAAGUUUGGGAUCGAAACCCGCUUCUCCGUCGUUAGUCGACCACAGACUAAUGGGCAGGAGGAAGCGGCCAACUAA